AUGGUAGUUGAGGGAGGGGGGUCCUUUGAUGUGGGCAGUUGUGCGGGGGGGCAGGCUCCUGCUGAGGUGGGGGUGGGGAUGCAGCUGGCGGCCCUAAUCUACCGGGUUAAGUUUGAGGACGAUAAAUCGCACUUUCCCGCCAUCCCCAAAACGCUGCGGGAGCUGGUGCCCCAGGACCUGCUGCGCACGCUAGCCCCCGAGGACUGGAAACGGGACUAUAAAAAGAGGCGAGAGAGCUUGCGUCGGAACAAGGCUUGCUGCCAACCCAACUCGCCCAGCAAUACCAUCCAUACUCCUGGCGAACGUGGUCUGUGCAUCUCACAAUCAGUAAAAAUACCACGUGAGCCGAGAGUUGGAGAGUUCGACAAGAUCAUCCGCAGGCUGAGCGAGAACCCUAAUGCUCGAGUAGUCAUCAUCUUCGCCAAUGAGGACGACAUCAGACGGCUUCUACAAGCAGGUAAAAGGGCUAAUCAAACAGGCCAUUUCAUAUGGGUCGGUUCAGACAGCUGGGGAUCCAAAAUUGCUCCGAUACUGAACCAAGAAGAAAUGGCAGAGGGUGCUGUCACUAUCCUACCAAAACGACUGUCCAUCAAAGGUUUUGACCGAUACUUUAUCAGUCGAACAUUAGAGAACAACAGGAGGAAUAUCUGGUUUGCAGAGUUUUGGGAAAACAACUUCCAAUGCAAGCUUAGUCGACAUGCUUUGAAGAAAGGAUCUGGCAUCAAGAAGUGUACAAACCAUGAGCGGAUCGGGAAAGAUUCGUCCUAUGAGCAGGAAGGGAAGGUCCAGUUUGUGAUAGAUGCUGUGUAUGCCAUGGCUCAUGCCCUGCACAACAUGCACAAAGACCUCUGUCCAGGAAAAGUUGGACUUUGCCCCAGGAUGGACUCUAUCAAUGGCACACUGCUGCUAAAGUAUAUUCGCAACGUCAACUUUACAGGAAUAGCUGGAACCCCAGUUGUCUUCAAUGUGAAUGGAGAUGCUCCAGGUCGCUAUGAAAUCUACCAAUACCAGAUCAGAAAUGACACCACAGAAUACAAGAUCAUUGGACACUGGACAGAUCAACUCUACCUCGAUACCAACGAGAUGCAGUGGCCUGGAGGAACACAAGAAGUCCCGUCUUCCAUCUGCAGUCAACCAUGUCGUCCGGGGCAACGCAAGAAGACAGUGAAAGGAAUUCCGUGUUGCUGGCACUGUGAGAAUUGCGAUGGUUACCAGUACCAGGCGGACACUUACACCUGCAAGAUGUGCCGCUUUGAUUUGCGGCCCAAUGACAACCACACUGGCUGUGUUCCCAUUCCUAUUGUCAAGCUGGAGUGGAGCUCUCCAUGGGCAGUCAUCCCCGUCCUCAUUGCCAUCUUGGGAAUCAUUGCUACCCUGUUAGUGGUUGCUACCUUUGUACGCUACAACGAUACCCCCAUUGUUAAGGCCUCAGGUCGAGAACUGAGCUAUGUGCUGCUGACGGGUAUCUUCCUGUGCUAUGCAACAACAUUCCUUAUGAUCUCAGCUCCUGAUGUGUUUGUGUGCUCAUUGCGAAGGAUUUUCCUGGGCCUUGGUAUGAGUAUUAGCUAUGCAGCGCUGCUUACCAAGACAAAUAGGAUCUACAGGAUUUUUGAGCAGGGCAAGAUGUCAGUCAGUGCCCCACGAUUUAUAUCCCCAGCCUCCCAGUUAGUUAUCACAUUCAGCCUGAUAUCAGUGCAGUUGCUUGGAGUGUGCAUCUGGUUUGGUGUUGACCCAUCCCAAGCCAUAAUUGACUAUGAGGACCAGCGCACAGCCAAUCCUGACAUGGCCCGUGGUGUUCUGAAAUGUGAUAUAUCCGACCUGUCUCUCAUCUGUCUGCUGGGUUAUAGCAUGCUGCUGAUGGUCACCUGUACAGUUUAUGCCAUCAAAACAAGAGGAGUUCCUGAGACGUUCAAUGAGGCCAAGCCAAUUGGUUUCACCAUGUACACUACCUGCAUUGUAUGGCUGGCUUUCAUCCCCAUCUUCUUUGGAACAUCACAAUCGGCAGAAAAGAUGUACAUCCAAACCACAACUCUGACCAUCUCCGUCAGCCUCAGUGCAUCUGUCUCCCUGGGAAUGCUCUACAUGCCUAAGGUCUACGUGGUUCUCUUCCAUCCAGAGCAGAACGUGCCCAAGCGCAAACGCAGCCUGAAGGCUGUGGUCACUGCAGCUACCAUGUCCAACAAGUUCAACCCCAAAGGCGGCCUGAGGCCAAAUGGAGAGGCCAAGUCUGAACUCUGUGAAAGUCUGGAAACGCAAGGUCAGCAUUAA